AUGGCCCCGAGAGUCAGUUUCGAUACCGACCAGAUCAGGGACAAAGCGCGAAAAGACCUGCUCAACCUGCUAGAGGGAGUCCGCGGCAAGCUAAACCUCGUUCUCGAGCGCAGUCUGGCCGGCCCCAUCGGCGCCAUCGUGAAAGUCGCGACGCUUCAAGAGUACGGAGUCGACAAAUUCUUCUUCCUGGAGAACGACAACGCGGAUACCAGCCAGCGCAAUGUUGUCUUCAUAGCGAGGGGUGAAUGCGCCCGCAGUGCGCCCAAGAUAGCAGCUCACAUCAGACGACUCCAACGCGAAAGCCAGACAGGUCACGAGUUUCACAUCUUUUGGGUCCCACGACGAACUCUCGUUUCAGACAAGCAGCUCGAAGAGGCUGGUGUCUUGGGAGAUGUCAACAUAUCCGAGCUACCUCUUCACUUCUUCCCGCUGGAAAGAGAUGUUCUCUCACUCGAACUUGAUGAAUCGUUUACCGACCUCUACCUGAACAAAGAUAUGACGCCGUCGUUUCUCAUGGCGAAAGCGUUGAUGGAGAUCCAACAAAACCAUGGACUUUUCCCUCGAAUCAUCGGCAAGGGCGACAACGCGAAACGUGUGGCUGAUCUGCUGGCGCGCAUGCGACAGGAAGUACUGGCUGGCGACGAUGCGAUUCAAGUCCAACGAGAUGGCGGUUUGGCCCCGAGUACGACGAUCGAAAGUGCCAUUAUAAUCGACCGCGAAGUCGACUUCGCCACACCGCUUCUCACCCAAUUGACAUACGAGGGCCUCAUUGACGAACUCUUCGGCAUUCAGAACAAUCAGGCAGAGGUCGACACGACCGUCGUUGGUGCACCAGCUCAAUCUACCGCAGCCAGUGCGCAGACACGCAAGCGGAAGAUACAGCUAGAUUCUUCAGACAAACAGUUCGAACAGCUUCGCGACAAGAAUUUUGCCAUUGUUGGCAAUUUACUCGGCCAGCAAGCUCGGCGGCUCCAAACCGUGCAGAAGGACUACGAAGGCCGGAACAACCAAAAGUCGAUCGCCGAGCUGAAGGACUUCGUCAACAAGCUACCCGCAUAUCAGCAGGAACACCAGAGCCUGCGAAUUCACACAGGCCUGGCUGAAGAGAUUGUCAAGUACACAAGAACAGAUCAAUUCAAGGGCCUCCUAGAAGUCCAGCAAAACCUGGCAGCAGGAGCGGAUCCAUCCUCGCAAUUCGACGCUAUCGAGGAACUGAUUGCUCGCGACACGCCAUUACCUGAAGUCCUUAGAUUGCUCUGUAUCUACUCUUGCAUCUCUGGAGGCGUCAAACCCAAGGAAUACGACCAAUUUCGACGACUCAUUCUCCAGGGGUACGGGUACCAGCAUAUCAUGACACUCAACAAGCUCGAGAAGCUUCAACUAUUCCUUUCACGAUCGUCGCCAUUGGCUGGGAUGAUUGGAAGUUCUGGCGAUAAGACAAAUUACUCCCAUCUUCGGCGUCUCCUGCGACUCAUUGUCGACGAGGUUCAGGAAGAUGACCCGAAUGACAUUGCCUACGUGUACAGUGGAUAUGCGCCGCUUUCCGUUCGACUUGUCCAAUGCGUGCUCCAGAAGCAGUAUCUUCUCACGGUCACCAAAGGCAAUGGCUUCACAGGUUCCAAUAGUGCAUCGGCAGCCCAAGGUUGGCAUGGUUUCGACGAGGCGGUCAAACAUGUCCGCGGCCAGACUUUCUACAAUGUCCAGAAAGGGGAGGACAAGGCCGUCAAAGCCCGCGCACUUCUUUCAGGCGGUAACGAGAAGCAGACAGUCUUCAUUGUAUUCGUCGGAGGUAUCACGUUCACCGAGAUCGCUGCAUUGAGGUUCAUCGCGAAGCAGGAGGAAGCUCGGAGAAACAUCGUCAUCUGUGCCACCUCGAUCAUUAGCGGGAAUAGGAUGAUGGAUGCUGCGAUUGAAACACAGUCGUAUGCGAAGGAUGUUAAACCCAUCACCCAAGCGCAAUCAUAG